CUCGUGCCCACGAGACUCUAAUUUCACAUCUAAUAGUGUAUUCCACACUCACUUGAUCUAUUCUUCCCGCCUGCCACAAUGAGGCUAACCGCAGUUGUCACGCUGCUAUGUGCGCUUGUGGCAUUCAUACUCUCUAUCCUGUGUCUGUUUGCCGGUUCAAAUAGGACGUUCCUCCAAGAUGCCGACAUGCUUACGCUAAACAUAUCACGAAUCGGACACACAACGCUGUUCAAUACCACUGAUGGCGAUGGUGGGUUCUUCGAUACCCUGAUCAACGACAUUCAGGAAGACAUCAACGAUCUUGUCAACGAUGUGACAUCUGAUAUUGCCGACGCAUUGAACCUACCCGACUUCUAUCGAGUCCAUGUGAUGGAUUUUUGCCAAGGCGUAUAUUACCCCAAUGCCUCCAUAGACGACCCAGAAGCGAGGACGACCAGAUGUUCAAAUCGAACUACCUUCUUUCACUUUGAGCCUUCGAAAACCAUUGAGGAGGCUCUCCCCUCGGGUAUCACUCUGGAGGAUCUCCACUGGCCUAGCGACAUUACAAACGCGGAGCGGACGAUCAAGGUGGCGACAAACGCCAUGUUUGUCUGCUACGUUAUUGGAAUUGCUUUUGCCGGCGUGGGAAUAUUUACGGCUAUUUGGGCAAUCCUAACUGGCGGUCGGCUGUCCGCUCUGAUAAAUUUGGUUGUUGAUUUGAUUGCAUUCCUCGGCCUUGGAAUUGCUUCGGCCAUAGCGACUGCCGUGAUCGUCAAAGGAGCAAACACCAUCAACAAGUAUGGUGAGAGCAUUGGAAUUGCGGCGUACAAGGGCAGCAAGUUCCUGGGGAUGACUUGGGCAGCCACGGCGCUCAUUUUCGUGGCGGCAAUCAUCUCAGUGGUUCAAGCCAUUGGAGGCAGGAAGCGGGACAAACAUCUCGGCGAAAAGGACAGACCUUGA